AUGGUUGAAGUGAGUACCCAUCGAAAACUGAGGCCAUACUUCGUAUGGAGUCCCACAGAAACAAAGAUGAUAUUGAUCGACUUCGAGAAUGGUAAAUUACCUAUCGGUUUCUUCCAGAUUGGCAGAUGUGAUGCACCGUUGAACGAACUCUCGACUCCUGAUGAUAUGGCAAUGCAGGAGCUGAAGCAGCUUAUGACUGAAGCGCCAAUAUUGAUGUACUACGACCAGACAAAGCCCCUUGUAAUUCACACUGAUGCUAGUGCAAGGGGACUGGGUGCUGUUAUGACUCAAGAUGGCAAGCCGAAGAAAACAUUUAGUCAUCUGUCUCUGCCAGAAGAAAACAUUCCCAAGAUGAGAAAGCACACGUGUGAGGAUGAGGGCUUACAAGCAUUGAAAAGUACUAUCAUGACUGGAUGGCCUGAGUGUAAGGCACAGCUGUCACCACACGUAAUACCAUAUUUCAACCUGAGAGAUGAGCUCACUGUAGUUGAUGGCUUAAUUUUCAGAGGAGAGCGACUUGUAGUUCCCAAGGCAAUGAGAAGAGAUGUCAAGACUGAUCUCCAUAUAGGCCAUAGUGGAGUGGAAGCGACUCUCAGACGAGCACGGGAAUAUGUCUAUUGGCCGCAGAUGGCCCAAGAAAUAACUGAAUGGAUUCAGACAUGCGCAACAUGCAUGGAGUACUCAAAUGCCCAACCUCAACUGCCUCUGAUGUCACAUGAGGUACCCAACCGGCCAUGGGAGAAGAUCGGAGUUGAUCUUAUGUUUUUGGAGGGUGAAGAGUACUUAGUGACAGUUUGCUAUAGAUCUAACUUCUGGGAAGUUGAUCGAUUGUAUAAGUCGACUGCGAAGAGUGUGAUCAACAAGUUGACCAACCAUUUCGCUAGGUAUGUGAUCCCGGAUAAGAUGGUAAGCGAUAAUGGACCUCCGUUCUCGUCAAGAGAGUUUGCAAGCUUCAUAAAGAGGUUGAAUAUUAAACACCAAACCAUCUCGCCCUAUAAUAGCAAAGCGAAUGGGCAUGUUGAGUCGGCAGUCAAAUCAGCGAAGAAAGUCAUGAAGAAAUGUCGGAGGUCUGGUGAAGAUCUACUUCUCGCGUUGCUGAAUUUGAGGAACACUCCUACGCAAGGGGUCGACUCCAGCCCUUCACAGAGAUUCCUCGGAAGGCGUACUAAGACAAGAGUCCCAACUACGGCCUCACUUCUGAAGCCGAGGAGUCACGAGACUAAGCACGAGAUGCAACAACUCGAGCUUAACAAGAAGCGUCAGGCCAAAUACUUCGAUAGGCAUGCGAAGGAGCUGCCUGAACUUGUUCAAGGCGACGUUGUCAGGAUGAAGCCGUUUCGACCAGGAGAGGAUCGUUGGAAAAAAGGAAGGGUACUUCGUCGUUUGGAUGAGAGGUCCUUUGAAGUGGAUGUUGAUGGCGCGGUGUACAGACGCAAUAGAGAACAUCUACGAGCAAGUAAAGAAUCUCCUGACUCAGAGAGAUCUCCAGUUGGCCCCAGACCUGAGGGAAGCAACCCGACUACGGACGCUCAAGGUCCAGAAUAG